UCAUGUGAGACUUCCGGGUUCGUACAGUACCGUGACAGAUGCGCGGUGCAUUGUGGGGAUACAAAUACAGCGCAGAAAGGACAGCAGGGAGCACAAAGGAAUGAAAACAGCACCCUGAAAACUUUAAACUUCAGCCCUUUGUGAUGUGAAUUAACGUGAGCGUCAGUCAGACUGUGAGUUUGGGCGGCUGGCAGGCUGAACGCUGCCUGAGCGAGAGGAAUGUGAGUGUUUGGAGAGAAGCGGCUCGGCGCUCCGCUGUCUCCCUCCAUCGCUGCUGUUUGUCAGCUGAGCUCCAGAGGCCCAGCAGAGACCGCGGGACUCAUCCACAAAGGACCCUUUCCCUGCACACAGUCAGAACCUGGCUCCCACCAUGGGGGUGAAAACAUUCACCCACAGCUCGACCUCCCACAGCCAGGAGAUGCUGGAGAAGCUCAACGCUCUCCGCAACGAGGGCCACCUGUGUGAUGUCACUAUCCGGGUCCAGGACAAGCUCUUCCUGGCCCACAAAGUGGUCCUGGCGUGCUGCAGUGAGUUCUUCCGUACCAAACUGGUGGGCCGGCCGGAGGAGGAGGACAAGUUUGUGCUGGACCUUCAUCAUGUGACCGUCAGUGGCUUCGCUCCUCUGUUGGAAUAUGCUUACACGUCCACUCUGUCCAUCAGCACGGAGAACAUCAUCGAUGUUCUGGCAGCGGCAAGCUACAUGCAGAUGUUUGCUGUGGCGAGUACGUGUUCAGAGUUCAUGAAGUCCAGCAUCCUGUGGGGCCCGGGAAACAACAACAACAACAACAACAUGGCAGCAGAUAAACCGCAUGAAUCAGCACCAGAGAGCGCCUCGUCAAACUGUGCCCUGACGCCGCUGGAUGGCAGCGUGUCGCCCGUUUCUUCUGACUGCAGCGUCAUGGAGAGAAACGUUCCUGUAUGCCGCGAAUCGCGACGAAAACGCAAAACCUUUGUGACAAUGGCGUCGCCCGAGAGUCCGCUCAAAUGCACUACACAGAUGGUCACCACCUCCCCUCAGAUCCCAAACCCCUCCCCUUCUUUCUCAGACAGCACAGCUCAACCCGUGGAGUCCUCUCUGGCCUUCCCGUGGACUUUCCCUUUCGGCAUCGACCGAAGGUUCCACUCAGACAAAUCAAAGCUCCCGGAGAGCCCUCGUUGUUUAGAGCAGGGGGCACCGGGGACCUCGGAGGUGGUGGUAGGUCGGCGGCUCAGUGACUUCCUGACAUGUGAAAGCUCCAAGGUGGUGUCGUCACCAGUGCCGGCGGAGGAGGAAGACGUGAGGGUGAAGGUGGAGCGUCUCAGCGAUGAGGAAGUCCAAGAGGCGUCGUCGCAGCCGGUCAGUGCCUCGCAGAGCUCACUGAGUGACCAGCAGACGGUGCCGGGAAGUGAACAGGUCCAGGAGGAGCUGCUCAUCAGUCCACAGUCCUCUUCGAUAGGGUCCAUGGACGAGGGCGUGUCUGAGGGCUUGCCGUCAAUGCAGAGUUCUUCCACCAGCGGAGGACACGCAGAGGACGAUGAAAGGUUAGAAGGUAUUCAGUACCCUUACCACCUGUACAUCAGCCCCUCAGCCAGGCCCGGCACCAACGGGCCCGACAGGCCGUUCCAGUGUCCGACCUGCGGCGUCAGAUUCACGCGCAUUCAAAACCUGAAGCAGCACAUGCUCAUACACUCCGGCAUUAAGCCUUUCCAGUGUGACCGCUGUGGGAAAAAGUUCACACGGGCCUACUCCUUAAAGAUGCAUCGGCUGAAGCACGAAGGUAAACGCUGUUUCCGGUGCCAGAUUUGUAGCGCCACAUUCACGUCCUUCGGUGAAUAUAAGCACCACAUGAGGGUCUCCCGACACAUAAUCCGCAAGCCGCGGAUUUAUGAGUGCAAAACGUGCGGCGCCAUGUUCACCAACUCUGGCAAUUUAAUUGUACACCUGAGGAGUCUGAACCAUGAGGCAUCCGAACUAGCAAACUACUUCCAGAGCAGUGAUUUCCUCGUGCCCGACUACCUGAGCCAGGUUCAGGAGGAGGAGGAGGCACUGGGAGUCCAGUAUGAGCUGGAGGAGUCCCAACAUCACCCCGUUUACCCGGGCAGCACCUCCACCUCCGCCACCACCGCGGCCUCAUCCUCCUCCUCUGUCCAGAUGCCUGUCAUCUCCCAGGUCUCCUCCUCCACCCAGAAUUGUGAAAACUCCUCUGGCUUCCUCUCACCUGAGCCCCUGGAUCCCCUGGAAGCCCCAUCCUCCCUUAAGAUGGACGUUGACGAGGCUGCGGCCAUGACGGAGGAGACCAAGAUGGACCACAGUGAAGGAGGGAGUUCCCCGGAGGUGUUUGAGGAAGAGCAGCAGCAGCAGCAGCAGCAGCAGCAGCAUGCACAGGCCAAGGAGCUGGCUUCUAUUACCAUCGAGUGAUUCAAGCCUUCUACUUUGCCCAUCAUGUCUUAUGUGCAGUCUCGUCAUAUGGGGACGUGAGAUGGAUGAAAGGGACAGCUGGGACAUGUUUGAACCUCCCGACGUAUUGAAGUCUGAAGACUGCGGCUGCUUGAUGACUUUUGUCCUCGUGCAAAUCAGAUGCAGUUAUUUUCUCUAACCAAACCAAAUCCAGCAAAGUCAGUGAUUUUGUAAUCAAGUAUUCCCAAACUUUCUGGGAACAAUUUUUCAUGCUUCAAGGAUCGGCAGAUUUCAGCGGGUGGAGAGAAGAAUGGGGUCAGAGUAGCUUUGGAAGAAGGUUGUUUUUCCCAUAUGACGUGAAUGCAGCACUAGCUUCAGUCCCUUUUGUCUUAGCUGAUUUGAGGUCUGUUAAGUACAAGCCUUGCCCUACUUUUGGAAAGUGCCUGAGAGUUCCCUUUUUAACAGAGAAGCGUGUCGAGGAAGACGAGGUCGUGACUUUGCCAACGGAGACAAAUCGAGUCUUUGCAAACUGAGCUAAAGAAAAAAUCCUUGUAUUUCAUUUGUUGUGAUUCUGCAGAGACUGUGUUACUCCUUCAGUGCCGUCGCUAUAGGCAAACUGUUUAAUGUCAAUAUUAUCUAUAUUGCAAUAGCUUGUACUGUUUUACUAUUUGAAUGCUGUGUAUGUUGGGUGUUGUGAAAUAUGACAUGUCAGGUGUGUGUAUGUGCAUUUCUUUUUGGAUCUAUAUGAACACAGUACAUUUCAUUUUUCAAUGUUUAAAACUUGAAAUGAUAUUGACAGAGUAUUCCCUUAAGAUGUUUGCGCAGACUGAUUUUAACAUGUUACAAGUUCCUUUCAUUUCCUUAUUGAUGCACUGUUGUGAAAUCAAACCUUGGAUCUCAAACGUUGAACUCUAGGAGUUUAGGAAACCUUAAAGCCAGCACUGAAAACACAUUCAAAUGAAUGAGAACAGAGGACGGAAAUGUACCUUUAAAUUAACAUUUCAAUUUUGAAAUUCAAAGGUUUUCUUACACCUGCAGUGUUAGACUCUCCAAUGAGCUCAAAGAUAUAUUAAUGUAGCAUUUCAGCCCCGUUUGGUUUAGUCCCGUGGUUUUGUGUCAGUUUUAAAUGGUCGUCUUGAUUUCUGUGCUCAAACACUUAAGGAUACAACUUCACUAAGGUACAUUUGAGUCUGUGUUUAGGUUGAAUCCUGACGUGACUGAAACAGAGACUGAUUAGAAGAAGUGGAUGUAGCCUGAUGAUCUGUUGUUGACUUUGUUUUAAAGUCUUACGGGAGGACUUGAAUAGGGAUGGGCAUUUCAAGCCAAAGUACUAUUCGAUAAUCAUCGGCAUCUAUUCAACGAUUAUUCAAAUAGAUCGUCACACACACACACACGUCCCAUUAAUAGCCGUCUGUGUGGCAGUCAUGUUAACCAGCACUGGGACUAGGUGCUGCUAGUAGCGGGCACUGAAUUAAUCCUUUAUGUCGGUGUUUCUGUGACCGGGCGUGGCGUGUGUGUUUACAUUUUACAGCCACGCUCAGUCUCUGGAAAUUCGUGUGCCGUAGUUGGAGAUUUAGAAACGGAGAAAAUAGCUGUGACUGUGGCAAAUGUUUUCUUCUUCUACUGUUACCAUACAGCUUUAAGACGCCCUGUAGCCACCAUCUGGCGGGAACACCGUAUUGCAACCAGGCACCGGUAAAAAAACGAGGAAAAAUUGCACUUUUAAAAUGAGAAAAUAUUUGAAGUAAUUCGUCGUGAACGAAUAUUUGAUUGUUCGAAUGUUCGAAAAUCAUUGCCCAUCCCUAGACCUGAAUCAGUUGAGGCAGUAUGCAUGGUGGAGAAAUGACUGAUGGGGUAAUAAUUCGACUGAACCAACAAUGAUUCAUUGGCUUCUUUCUUAAUCCGACAGGCUACAUCCCCUUCUUAUAUGAAGUCAGAGGUGAUAACCCGGUGACAUCACGUUAUAACCAGCACCCUGUCUGUUUUUCUCUCACCUCAGUUGUCACAAAGGGAAGAACUCCAUCGUGAAACAGUCCCAGAUGAGAGUUUAUAAAACAGGUGUGCGUCCGAUGCACGACGCGAUGAAAGCAGUCACAACAGGUUACCUGACAGUCCGGUGUUAUGUGAUAACAUUGCUUUAAAAGCAUAAAGGUGAUUGCUAAUGUGUGAAUGCAAAUACUGUGAGUUAUUUUAGAUGAUGAAUAUAUUAUAAUCUGACAGAGCUUUUAUCCUCCACCUGAAACUGAUAACAUAGUUUGACAGAUGAAUCUACUAAUUUCAUUUCUUUACGUCGCUUUGAGUCUGAUCUCCAGCCCCCUGUUACCUGUGUUGUGCCAACAUGGUUGUAAUUUUGUACUUGGACAUUGUUGUGCCUGUAUUUCUGACGAGAUAAUGACGCUCACGGCGGCGCUCCGUGAGUUGAAUGCUACUGACUGUGACUUUGGUUUUCUUGUUCAGUGAAAUCUUUAUUUUUCCCCCCUGACAGUAGUGCACACAGACGAAGUGAAGGAUAAUCACAGCAGGAUGUGAGACCUCAUAUACAGGGUUGAUUGUAAAUGUAAAGGUGAAUCGUUGCUGUGGUGAGGGCAUCGAUAUGACCCUGUCGUCAUCACUGAAAUUCACUGAGAGCUGUCUUAAUUAGAGCCUGACCGAUAAACCCGUCAGCUGAUGUUAUUGAGCGGAUAUCGGCCUGUCCCAGAUUUCUCACAGUGUGUUACCGAUUUGUGAUCGUCUUAUAAUCAUUUACAGAACACAAAAAGCAGAAAAUAGUGCUCGGGUUGAUGCAACAGAUCUCUCAGCGCUGUCUGAAGCACAUGUAGCAGAGCGUCACUGCUGAGCAGACUAAUUGGUUGAACAUAUUUGAGAUUGAUUUGCUUUUAUUUUGAAAGUCUUGUUCCUAAACCAGCUGUUUGAAUCAAAAAAGAAAACAAGAUGAGUAAUCCACCUUGACACGGUCUCAUUUCAAGGAUAAGGAUUGUUUUCUCCUCUUGAACCUGCAUCAGUCUCCCGUAUCGGUCAGGCUCUGGUCUUAAUACGAGUUUGUAUCAGCCUGUGACUUCCUGUACGUCACUGUCUCUAAAUUGUGCCAUCUUGCCCUUUUCUCUCUCCGGGUACUAAUCAUGCUUUUUCCUGAAGGACCAAAUGUUCUCUAUCUUAUUGGGGAUUUGCCAUGGCAAUCAGUAAUUGCACAUAAAAGAAGAAAGAGAUAAUCAUUUUAAGUGGUCCAUGCUAUUUAGCAGAGGGGUCCUGCUGUUCUUUGCCCCUUAAAACACUGUAUGAUGUUGUGCAUUUAAGAGGCUAGCCUUAGUAUGUGGACCUAUUAACUCUAGUUGCACAGUAUCAAAAUUUUAAGAAAGGUUUUUUCUAUUCUCCAUUUGUAAGUCAUGCUUUUUCAUCUGUUGUGUUCAGAGUCCGUAUAAAAAAAAGAGGUUUUUAUAAUGAAAUGCUGCUGUUCGUCCAAACGCAAAAGUGCCCAAAAUAUUUUUGUGAAACAAUGGUGUGCAAUAAAUGGACAGGUUUGUCGUUUUCAAAGGUUUAUUUCUGUUUUUUUUGGAAUGAUGAAUUAUAUAAAAAAAGAAUGUAGAACUUUUGUUUUAUCAAAUGUGACUGAAGGUGAAUCAAAUCGGCGAGGACCCCAUUUGAUCUGUGAAUCGAGGAACACAAAGCUUGGAUGGUUCUAUUCAGCUCCUUUCUGUUUGUUUGGAAAGUUGCAUGUUCAUAUCGUUCUGUGAAGUGGAGAGCAUGUCUUCAGUUGGCGAUGCGUUUUCUGUCAAGGCCUUAUUUGUCGAUGACUCUUCAUCCGGCGUAGCUUCGAUCUGUCCUUCAGCAUGCCUUCUUCUUUUCUGUACGUUAUCCCUUUUUAUGUGCAAUGUUUUCAGAUAUCUUGAUUAUAUACAGGACAUGCCUUUUCAAUGUACACUCGAUGUUGUAUAUGUUUCCAGUCCUUAUUUAAAGUAGGAAAAUAUAAGACAAAAAAACACGGUAGCUCUUCAUAACUGCAUAUAUCUAUUUUUGGUGACUUUUGUAUGAUGGUUGCUGUUUCAUGGCAUCUUUGGAUAUUCUUGUUAAAUGUGAAUAGAACAGCUUAGUUUGGGAGUAUGGGGGGCCUUGGUAGUCUUCACUUUGUGACUGUCUGCAGUAUGUGUAUAUAUAUAAAUAUACAGUAUAUACACUCAUACUAUGUUGCAUAUUCUUUAUACUGUAGGCUACUUGACUACAACCUGCUUUGAGACAGAUGUUGUAUUUUGUGUCUUUGAUACUGUAUUUAAACUGUUGUUUGGAGAAACUGUACAAAAACAUCCCAGAUUAAAAUAAUGCAACCUGCUCAUCGUGUAUAGGGAGAACAGACGUUCGUGGUGUUGAGUGUUUUAACUGGAUCAUAUUCCACAGUUGGCUGUUAAAAACUGACAAAGACCACUCUGUAUUUUAGAGUUUAUGGUUGUUCUGAAUCUUUACUAGUGUUCUGGCUUUGCAGUCCUGUUGUUAUUAAAAAGAGUCGUUUUUGUAAAAGUAUAACAUGUAAAUAAAAAAGCCUAAGUCAGAAGAAGUCUAAA